UGGCCACUCAGGCUGCACAGGUGCAGGGAGCCUGCCCGGUGUCCCACGGCAAGAGGGGCCGGGGCUGGCCGCGACCUCUUCUCCACGCACCAUGCUGGGGCCCUGGCUGCUGCCCCUGCUGCUCUCCUGCGGGGGGGCCCUGCUCGGCGCCGGUCUGGGUGACAGACCCUUGGUGACCCCAGGCCUCCGGAGGCUGAAGGACUCUUGGCAGUCAGCCGCAGACGGGGGCCGGUGCUCCACCUGGGGGGCCGGCCACUUCUCCACCUUCGACGGCCACGUGUACGACUUUUUGGGGACCUGCAACUAUGUCUUCGCGGCCGUCUGUGAGGACGCCUCAUCCGUCUUCAGUGUCCAGCUGCGGCGAGGGCCCAGCGGGAACAUCUCCCGGAUCAUCGUGGAGCUGGGGGUCUCCGUGGUCACCGUGCAGAAGGCAGUCAUCUCCGUCAAGGACGUGGGGGUCGUCAGCCUGCCCUACACCAGCAACGGCCUCCAGAUCACACCCUUCGGCCAGAGCGUGCAGCUGGUGGCCAAGCAGCUGGAGCUGGAGCUGGUGGUCAUGUGGGGACCGGGCGCCCACCUCAUGGUCCUGGUGGAGAAGAGGUACAUGGGCAGGAUGUGUGGACUGUGUGGGAACUUCGAUGGCGAAGAGACCGAUGAGUUUCUAAGCGAGGACGGCAAACUCCUGGAGCCCCACAAGUACGCCGCUCUCCAGAAGCUGGAUGACCCCAACGAGAUCUGUGCCCAUGAGGCCGUCCCCCGCCCCCAGGCCCUGCAGGCAGAGCACGCCCAGACCUGCAUCCAGCUGCUGACCCUGGUGUCCCCCGAGUGCAACGUGUCCCGGGAGCCAUUCCUGCUGGGCUGCCAGGAGGACAUGGCCGUGUGCGCCCAGCCGGGCCGGCAGGACUGCGCCUGCGCCACGCUGUCUGAGUACUCGCGGCAGUGCAGCAUGGCUGGCCAGCCCGUCCACAGCUGGCGCGGCCCUGACCUCUGCUCCGUGGGCCAGUGCCCGGCCACCCAGGUGUACCGGGAGUGCGGCGAGACCUGCAUUCGGACCUGCUCCAACCCCCAGCACAGCUGCUCCAGCUUCUGCACCUUUGGCUGCUUCUGCCCAGAAGGUACGGUUCUGGAUGACAUCUCUGCAAACCACACCUGCCUGCCCGUCUCCCAGUGCCCCUGCGUGCUCAGUGGGGUGGUCUACGCCCCCGGGGAGGUCACAACAGCCGCCUGCCAGACCUGCCGGUGCUCUGGGGGCCACUGGGAGUGUGCGGAGCAGUCCUGUCCCAGGCGCUGCGCCCUGGAGGGAGGCUCCUUUGUCACCACGUUCGAUGCCAGGCCCUACCGCUUCCACGGCACCUGCACCUACAUCCUCCUCCAGAGCCCCCAGCUGCCCGACGGGGGCUCACUCAUGGCCGUGUUCGACAAGUCUGGGUACUCGCACUCGGAGACCUCCCUGGUCACCAUCAUCUACCUGUCCAACCAGGACAAGAUCGUCAUUUCUCAGGACGAGGUGGUCACCAACCACGGGGACACCAAGUGGCUGCCGUACAAGACUCGCAAUAUCACAGUCUUCAGGCAGUCCUCCACCCACGUCCAGAUGGUCACCACCUUCGGGCUGGAACUGGUGAUCCAGCUCUGGCCCGUGUUCCAGCUGUAUGUCACUGUUGGGCCCCACUUCAGAGGCCAGACCAGAGGGCUCUGCGGAAACUUCAACGGGGACACGACGGACGACUUCACGACCAGCAUGGGCAUCGCUGAGGGCACUGCCUCGGUCUUCGUGGACUCCUGGCGAGCAGGGAACUGCCCGGCCGCACUUGAGCGUGAGACUGACCCCUGCUCCAUGAGCCAGCUCAACAAGGUAUGUGCGGAGACCCACUGUGCAGUGCUGGUGAAGGAGGGCUCAGUAUUCGAGAAGUGCCACGCCACUGUGGACCCCAAGCCCUUCCACAAGAGGUGCGUGUACCAGGCCUGCAACUACGAGGAGACCUUCCCACACAUCUGCGCCGCCCUGGGUGACUACGCCCUCGCCUGCGCCUCGCGGGGCGUCCUGCUCCAGGGCUGGAGGAGCAGCGUGGACAACUGCACCACCCCCUGCACGGGCAAUCAGACUUUCAGCUACGACAGCCGGGCCUGUGACCGCACGUGCCUCUCGCUGUCCGACCGCGAGGUCGAGUGCCACCCUAGCGCCGUGCCGGUGGACGGCUGCAACUGCCCCGAGGGCACCUACCUGAACCACAAGACUGAGUGUGUGCGCAAGUCCCAGUGCCCCUGCCUCCUGGACAACUCCAAGUUCAUCCUGGCCGACCAGUCCACCAUGGUCAAUGGCGUCAUCUGCCACUGCUCCAACGGGCGCCUGAGCUGCCGGGCCCAGCCUCAGAUGCUCUUGGCAACCUGCUCGGCCCCCAAGACAUUCCAGUCCUGCAGCCAGUCCUCCGAGGACAAAUUUGGGGCUGCCUGCGCCCCCACCUGUCAGAUGUUGGCCACUGGCACCCCCUGUGUGCCCACCAAGUGUGAGGCCGGCUGUGUCUGUGCCAAGGGGCUCUACGAGAACGCCAGCGGGCAGUGUGUGCCCCCCGAGGACUGCCCGUGCGAGUUUGCAGGCACCUCCUACCCCCGCGGCGCAGAGCUCCAUACCAGCUGUAGGAGCUGGGUCCGCAUCCUCUUCUAUGCCCUGUUCCCACAGGAUGGCUGUGGUGCCAACGACUCACAGCCCACCUUCAAGAUCCUGACAGAGAACGUCGUGUGUGGGAAGUCAGGCGUCACCUGCUCGCGGGCUGUCACGGUCCUCCUGGGGGGCCUGUCCAUCGUGCUGGCAGACAGGAACUACACGGUCAGCGGGGAGGACCCCGGCGUGCGCUUCCAGGUGAAGGCCGGCUCCUUGUACCUGGUGCUGGAUGCCACCGUCGGCACUGCCUACAACCUGACCCUCAUCUGGAACAAGCACAUGACCCUCUUCAUCAAGAUCGCACGUGCCUCCCAGGACGCCCUAUGUGGCCUGUGCGGCAACUACAACGGGAACAUGAAGGACGACUUCGAGACCCGAAGCAAGUAUGUGGCAUCCAGCGAGCUAGAGUUUGUGAACUCCUGGAAGGAGAGCCCGCUGUGCGGGGACGCCACGCGGGCCGUGGACCCCUGCAGCCUCAACACCUUCCGCCGCUCCUGGGCCGAGCGCAAGUGCGCCAUCAUCAAUAGCCAGACCUUCGCCGCCUGCCACAGCCAGGUGUACCGCCUGCCCUACUACGAGGCCUGCGUGCGUGACACGUGUGGGUGUGACACCGGCGGAGACUGCGAGUGCCUGUGCGACGCCGUGGCCGCCUACGCCAAGGCCUGCGUGGACAAGGGCGUGUGCGUGGACUGGAGGUCCCCAGACUUCUGCCCUGUCUACUGCGACUUCUACAACACCCACGUGCAGGUGGGCGGCGAGUACCAGUACGUCCACGAGGCUAACUGUACGUGGCACUACCAGCCAUGCCUCUGCCCCACGUGGCCGCAGGGCUUCCCGGGCACCAACAUCGAAGGCUGCUACAACUGCUCUCAGGACGAGUACUUCGACCAAGAUGAAGGAACAUGUGUGCCGUGCAUGCCGCCGCCUACCACGCCGCUGCCCACAACAGGCCUUCCUGCCACGGCCACCAGGCCCACCACGACCAUGCCCAGCACCAUCGGUCUCAACUCCACUAGACCCUCGUCAAGCUCCCCAGACACACCUGAGGCCCCCAUCCAGACCUCCAGCCUCCCAUCCACACCAGUGGCCACAGCCAGAGCCACAGCCCUCUCCUCCAUACACACAGGGACAGCCCCCACCACCCAGAAAGAGCCAACACUCUCUGAGGGAGUGUCACCCAGAACCACCUCUGCUAUCACCACACGGGCCACAUCGGCGCCAGCACCAACAGCAAGUGCAAGGACAACAGCCACAGGACCCACAGUGACCCAGGCCACAACGCAGCCCACAGCCUCCUCCAUCAGUGCAGCCACACAGUCCACAGCACAGUCCACAGUGCGCACAACAGCACUGCCAGCCCCAGCGACGUCAGGGACCUCCACAGGGCCGCCCUCGAGGUCCUCGACCCACGGAUGGACCAGCGAAACAGCCAACACCUGGGACACACGACACACAGAACGCCCGAAACCAGAAGACAGCACGACAGGCCAAACACCACCGCACACCAACCUGAUAACCACAUCGACGACACCCAGGGCGGACACACUUACGAGCCCCAACAAGCAGCCGCCAUCGCAGGCGCCAACACGCACGGCCACGCCCACACACAAUGUCACACCCACUGGACGACACACGUCGCACACCACCCUCUCCGUUUCCCCUAACCCCUCCACUCGUGUCCCGUCCUCUCCCUUCACUCCCACUUCUCCCCUGCGCAGCACGACCCUUCCCUCAGCCUCACCCACCCUGUCCCUUGUCCCCAAUUCCACCACCAUAGUCUUUCUGUCCACAACUCAGACCACGGCCAGCACCCCUGCCUCCCCGACUGCGUCCUCUCAGUCCACUACAUCACAAUUCACCUCUCUUACCACUGAUGCCCCUACACAUGGCCUCGUGUCUUCCACGCUGGGGGUGACAGCUGUACCAAGUUCCCCAGCCACCCACCUCACCACCAGACCACCCAGCACUACUGGGCUGCUGACCACCCUAUUCCUGACCAGCUCCAUCACUGGGCCUGGAAGCUCCUCCUUCCCCACUGCCACAUCCUUUCCCACUGAGAGCCACCCUGCCUCCUCUCUCAUCACGUCCCUACCCAGCUCCCUUGGUACGGGGCCCAGCAGGCCAGAGACACCUACGCCCACAGGGAACUGCAGCGUGAGGGAGGUUCAGGAGGAGAUCACUUACCAGGGGUGCACAGCCAACGUGACAGUGACCCGCUGUGAGGGUGUCUGCGCCUCCUCGGCUAGCUUCAACACCGACACCAUGCAAGUGGACACCCGCUGUAGCUGCUGCCACCCCCUCAGCUCCCACAAGAAGCAGCUCGAGCUGCCCUGCACAGACCCCAGGGCACAGGGACAGCGGCUGGUGCUCCCCCUGCAGGUGUUCAGCAGCUGCGUGUGCAGCCCCCGGCGCUGUGGAGAUUAGAGGGGCAGCUCCCGAAACCCUCCCCCAGGGCACAAGGCCCCACUUGGGGCUUGCCUGGGCCCUGAGGAGAAAGGGGCUGCAGGCCGGGUUCCCGUAGCUCCCACCAAACCUGCCGGCCGCGCCCACCGAUUGUCCACCCAGCCUCCCAGCCUUUGAAGGCAGCUUUCCGGUCCUGCUGGGACCUGACCCCAGGGUGGGAGUGGAGAGGAAGGCUGCUUCACAGGGGGUUCCUGAGGAAAGGGAGGCCCCAAGCAGGGGCGAGCAGGGAAGAGGCAGAGGUCACAGCGAGGAGAAGGGCUGUGCAGUCAGGGGAGGGGUGUCUCAGCCGCCGUGAAUGAUGGGCCCACUGUGAACAGAUUAACAAAUAAACUGGCACUGAUCAACACGCAAA